UAUUUAUUAUUACUAUUUCAUAAUUUCGUUUUAAUAUUUCGUAAUAUUUUUAUUUUUUUUUUGAUAUUUCAAGUGACGGUAAUAGCAAUCUGUCCUGGUUUCACUGACACUGUUAUACAUUCUGUUAAUAUGUGGGAGUGACUAAAGGAGGAAUUUCAGAAAGUAAUGGAAACAGGAGUUAUCAUGCAAACACCAGUACCCUUAGUAUAAGUUUGCUUUACGUUGAACGAAAACGAAACGAAAGCGCAUUCGGCGCUCUAAUUGGUUGGUUUAUUUGAGCCGGCCAAUCAGAGCGCUGAAGCGCUCUCGUUUCGAUUACUUUAUACGUAAAGCAAACUCGUACUAAGGGUACUGAGACAGUUGGCAAGGCUACAGUGGAGGUAUUCAAGAUUGCAAAUACAGGAGAUGUGUGGGUUUAGGAAAAUAAUGAACCUGUCAAACUGGCUCCAAUGUAAACAAACGGCUUGAGUUUGUUCAAAUCGCUACGAUAGCAAAUAGAUUUAAGUUUAUACCAUCUGUUCUGUCUAAUGUUUGAUUUUCUUGCACAAAUAUCUCAAGUUUUUAGCAUACUAUUUUAAAUUAAAAACGUUUUGUUAUAAACAAAGCCUACUGUUAUUUAUUUUCUACAAUCUGCACCACAAUGAGAUAAAAAAACACAUGGUGUGAUAACCACAUGAAUAGCAACUUCCUUCUUGUUCGAAAUCAGUCGAGCUAGAGAUUUAUACAAUAUUUUGAAAUAUUAUGAAAUGUUUAUCUAAAUUAUUGUUUUGAUUAUUUACUUAAGAUUUUUAGAUAAAGCUGUUCGUAUCCUAAAAUGUAAUAUAUAAAGCAUUCUUAGUAAUUUUGUUGCCAUAAGUAUACAAGAAGUUCUGUAGAAGACUGUGCUUAUAGCAGUUGACAUGGCGAACGACCCUAAAGAUAAAGUGAUCGUGAUUACGGGAGGAGCAAGGGGUAUAGGAUACGAGAUUGCGGACCAGUUUCUGACAAACGGCGCAAAGACUGUUAUCAUAUUGGAUCUAAUUGAUGCAGUCGGCGUUAAAGCAGCCUUCACACUUAACGCUAAGCACGGUAAAGGCAAAGCUGUCUUCAUAAAAUGUGACAUCACAAGAGAUUUAGACAAAGUCUCCAGUGAAAUAUUCCAAAAAUACGACGUAGAUGUACUUAUUAAUAAUGCUGGAAUUAUAGAUGAGUUUUCAAUAAGGAAGACAAUUGAAAUUGACUGCAUUGCACUAGUGGAAUGGAGUAUGAAAUUCUGGGACCACUGGAGAACGGACAGAGGCGGUCGAGGAGGCACAAUAUACAAUGUAGCUUCAAUAUAUUCAUACGAAUUUGAUCCAUUUACAGUAUUCUAUAAAACUGCGAAGCAUGCAGUUUUAGGCUUCACGAGAUCGCUUGGCCAUCCCUUUAACUACGAAAAAACUGGCGUUAGAGUAUUUGCUAUAUGUCCAGGUUUUACUGACACAGUGAUGCUUAGUGUUAAAAUAUGGGACAUACACAGAGAAGCAUCUGAUAAAAACGUAUCAGAAAUGAAGGUGCAGACACCAGAGACUGUUGGUAAGGCUGCUGUGGAGAUCUUCAAGGUCGCAAAGACAGGAGAUGCGUGGGUCGCAGCUAAUGAUGAACCUAUACAUUUGGCUCCAAUGUGUUAGAUAAGUGAAAGAAAAUGUAUUAAGUAAAUUUGAUAGUUUAAGCUUUUCAUAAAUUAUAAUAUAUAAACAAGUAAUAAAACAUUAUCUACUUAUAAGUA